AUGACACUCUCCUUCCCUGUCCCGCCAUCAGACGCCCAGUCCGCCCCCUCAUCACCGCCUACCAAACGAGCAAAACUGCAAAACUACCCGACCCAGCCUCGCGCAUCAGAAUCGUCCCCCGUAAGCCCCACUACCGUACCCUCGUAUCCCUCGCCGGCAUCGAUGGACAAUCUCUCUGUGCCACAGAGCGAGUCGUCUCCUACACAGCACCAGGAGACGUCAGGACGGCAAUUUGCUGUCCCAGCAGUCCGUCGACGAGAAUCAUUCCAUUUCUCGGGUGAGAGACCGCACCCGCCUGCCGCCGGUGCCAACCAUAGCCUCAGUGGCCCCAUGCCGACGGUGCGUCUUUUGGGCACGCCCUCGGACAAGGGAAGCCCUGCACUAUCAAGCAGAUUGCCAACGGUCGACAAGGAAGAGUUGACUACCAAAGGUCGAAAAAGAAAAAGACUUGCAAAAGCUUGUAGCGCUUGUCAUAAGAAUAAAAGGCGUUGCGACGGUUUCGCACCAUGUUCGAAUUGCGAAUUCUCAAACCGUCCGUGUCAAUAUGUCAACGCUCAAGGAGAGCCUAUCCCCCCUCCUCGAACCCGAGAUUCAUCUGCUAGCGUUCCUCUCAAGAAGGAUGGUAGCAAAUCUGGUUCAAAUGAAACGUCAAGUAUCAGCCUCGGCCACGAGAGGAAGGCCAGUGGCGAGAGUAGCCAUUCUCAACAGGGAAUGGGCGAUCCAGAGUACGAGAUGCGUAGAAAACCGUCGGUCGGGCCCCUCCAGAUAGUGGAGAUGGACAUCAGCCUGAGUGCCGAGCUCGUUGAUAUCUUCUUCAAAAGAUGCCUCCCUCUUCCGAUCAUACUACACCUUCCCACCUUCAACUACCGCCUCUACCUCAAUCAAGUAUCCCCGGUUCUGCUAGACGUAAUCUACGCAUUCGCUGCUCGCCUCUGCGAGAACCCGAUAUUCCUUCAGACUCUCUCGCCGAAUCAUCUUCCCCACCACCGGGGUGAGCUGUUCGCUCUUCGAGCGCAUCGUAAUGCCGAGAGUCUCAUUCAUCAACGCAAAAAGUUUAGUGAAGAAGCUCGCAGAGCGGAUCGUGGAUCUUGGCAGGAGACUGAGCUUGCCCAGACGGCGUACCUGCUCAGCGUCUACUUUACGUGCACCCGUCAAGCCAAAUUGGGCCUGUUUUAUCUGGAAGCUGGCAUCGAUAUUCUUCGCCCCUCUCCUGUUCCCUAUAUCCAGCCACCGGCGGCUCAUCCGGGGUCGAAUCCUGUCGAAUUUACAACACAUAUGGAGACUCGAAACAGGACGUUCUGGGCUUUGGUCCUGCAUGAUCUGUGCGCAUCGACGAAUGGGCGUCCGAGAAAGUUGACAGAGGCCGAUCUGGGGACGAUACCACUUCCUGGAAGUGAAACGCAAUGGGCUAGAUGGGGUGGCAGCGGGCCUAAUGGACGUGAGCCCGGAAGGCGAGAUGGUCUGGUUCCAGGGACUGGGAGCUGGUCUGACGAGGAAGGCUCGGUAGGAGAGGUCGGUCACGUGAUCCGGAUUCUUUCCAUUCUAGCUGAUAUCAUGGCCCUUGCAACUGAUUCCAGCUCUGGAGAAUCCAAGCAAGUUUUUGCGCUACGCCUCGAGGGUGCGCUGAAGAACUGGGCCAUGAGCCUUCCUCGCCACAUGCAUUUCAACGAGUCCAACCUUACGCACGCUCUCGGAAAGCUUGCGUCCCAGGUGCCCGAGGCCAAGACGUCUGGCUGGAUGUAUGCGUACAUGCACGCUGCCGCCGAGUGUGGGAUGUUUUAUCUCCAGGCGGCUGUAGCGCCUGCCAGUGACAGCGUUGUCACUGCCCGCAGGCAAAGCCAAGCCAUCGAAAACUUGAUCGUCAUCAUGGACACGAUUGGUCUCGCUGGUCGAGAAGGAAGCUGCUUUGUAUUUCCACUUUUUGUCAUUUCAAACUGGCAAGACCACUUAGAAAAAUCCGAAUUCUUGAUCCGUGAUGUCAAGCAUCAUCUCACUGAGGAGAGGUUGAAUCUUUGGUGGGCUGAAAAGAUCCGAGAAUGGGGCAUCGAUCAGCACGAGGUUCUACAGCGUGGCUUCUACGCUCUACCCUUUCCCUCUACCGCUUCCUCCCCGAGCUUUCAUCAGACCCGAAUGCCUUCCGUGGAGACGCCCUCGAGCCUGGGGCUUUAUCAGACUUCGCCCCGAGGUCGGGCAUCCAUAUACUCUGUAACGGCCAUAUCUCCAUCAUCUAGCGCGGUAAAUUCCACUCCACUCUUUUCAGGCAAUCCUCGUCUAAGCUUGCCGAGUCUCCCUCCGUUCCGGCCCAGAGCUACGUCCGGUGCUAGCACCAUGUCAUAUCAUGGCGGUCGCUCUCCAUCACCGCCCCACCAUUUGCCGUACGUCAACACGUCGUCAGACAGGGAACGAGAUUCGGUCACUCUACCACCGCUCUCGGUCGGACUGAGCAGUUUCAGAGAACCUCCUAGCCCCAGACACCCCUUGUCCCAGAGUAUCAGCAGUCGGUACCUUCCAAAGAGCCACCCCUAUGUCAGAGAGAGGUCGCAGUCUCCUCGAGAGACUGGACGACAUGGCGAAGGGAUGUCUGGUAUUGCGGCUCUCGUCAGCGUCGCUGAGAGGGAACGGGAGAAAGAGAUUGCCAAGGAAGGUAGGAGUUGA